CACAGGAGUAGUUAGGGUUUUACCGGUUGAUGUCACGCUACCACUGUACUACUUGUCCUAUUCUGUGAACAAACAGAGCCAUACUCGCUUUAUUAGACCGUGUGCUUCACACUGUAAAUCAUUUAGAAUUUUAUUUAUUUUUGCCCAAAACACUGAAGACAGGAUGGAAGGGAAGUUGACAGGUGAACCAGAAAAAUGUAAAUACCACGAAUCGCCGUUGCCAUCCUUGCCAGAAAAUAAAGAAAAAGAGCUCAUUACCAACCACCAAUCCAAUCGAGACCCUAAUUGUGGAACCGACGUAGCUCGUGCAAGAUGGACUCUCCUACGACAGGUGCUGAGGCAGAAACAGCUGGACAGUGCAGACUCAGAGGUCAAGCAGGUGUCUGUCCGGAGAUUCUCCUCCUUCAACCUGUUCAACAAAACCAGUGUCACGCACCAAGAGACAGAUGACCCCUCCGAAGGCCAGUGGGUGGAAUACACAAGUGCUUCCUUCCCAGAGUUCAGUGCCUUUCUCAGAGAUAACCUCGGGCCCAUCAGAGUGAAUGAGGUUCUCAACAGUUUUGACAAUACAGGGAAUGUCUCUCCCUCUCAAUCGUUAAUCUUCCUGGGCUGUGUGGCUGCUGCGGGCCUGGGCCUGAAUCUGCUCUGUCUGGCUAUCUACCUGAGCUGUCUGUGCUGCUGUCGGAAAGACGAGGAGGAGGAGAGCAAGAGGCCCAACUCAUGCUGUGUCACCUGGUCCGCCGUCGCCGCUGGACUCAUCAGCUGUGCUGCGGUGGGAGUGGGUUUCUAUGGCAACAGCGAGACCAACGACGGGGUUUACCAGCUGACGUACUCCCUGUACAAUGCCAAUCACACCCUGGGAGGGGUCGACAAUCUGGUGACUAACACCAUGGGUAGCAUGGAGAGUGGUCUGAAGCAGCACCUGGCGAGGCUGGAUGAGAUCUUCGCUACGCGGGGAGACUACGUACAGACCCUACGCUUCAUGCAGCAGAUGGCUGACAAUGUCAUCAAACAGCUGUUGGGCCUUCCUGACUGGGACACGGCUAAAGUAGACCUGGCCGCUAUCGCAGACCAAACCGCAUACGUAGAGUACUACAGGUGGCUCACCUACCUGCUGCUACUGAUCCUAGAUCUGGUCAUCUGUCUGGCGGCUUGCCUGGGCCUGGCCAAGCAGUCUCGCUGGCUGCUGACCACGAUGAUGGUGUUUGGGGUGCUGACGUUGAUCCUGAGCUGGGCGUCUCUGGGAGUUGACCUUGCCACAGCUGUGGGCACCAGUGACUUCUGUGUGAUCCCAGACAAGUUCAUCAUGAACCAGACCAAGGACCUGAUCAGUUCUGAUAUAGUGCAUUACUACCUGUACUGCAGCCAGACCCUCCCCAACCCAUUCCAGCAGUCUCUGACCAUCUUCCAAAGGUCUCUGACCACCAUGCAGAUCCAAAUACAGGGCCUGCUGCAGUUUGCUGUGCCUCUCUUCCCCACCGCUGAGAGAGACCUAUUGGGCAUCCAGCACCUGCUCAACUCCUCAGAGGCUAGCCUCCACCAAUUGACUGCCCUGCUGGACUGUAGAGGACUCAACAAGGACUACAUGGAUGCGCUGAUCGGUGUGUGUUAUGACGGGGUGGAGGGCGUGCUAUACCUAUGCCUCUUCUCUACCCUGGCAAUUUGUGCCUUCUGUGCCAUGCUGUGUGCCAUCCCCCGGGCAUGGACACAUAUCGCCAGCAGGGAGCGUGAUUAUGACGAUAUAGACGAGGAGGACCCAUUUAACCCUCAGGCCAGACGCAUGACGACCCACAACCCCAACCAUGCCACCAACGUGCACAGCUUCUGCAGCUACAGCAGCAGUAUGGGUAGCCAGAGCAGCCUCCACCCGCCUGCCGCACAGGCUGUGUCCAAUGCACCCGUUUCAGAGUACAUGAACCAGUCGGCGCUGUUCGGGGGGAACCAGCGGUACGAGAACGUUCCUCUGAUCGGGAGAGGCUCACCGCCCCCCUCGUACUCCCCCAGCAUGAGGGCUACUUACCUGUCCAUGACUGAGGACCAGAUCAGACACUUUGGGAAUGAUUUCCAGGCAUAGAGCUGCUCCUCCCUCGAUCUUUCUUCUCUUUCACUUCUGCCAUCUCCGAGAGGGGUUCUCAAACAGGCGAACAUGCACACACACAAAAACAACUACUUCAGCAGUGUGUGACUCUGUGGCUGCUGCACGGACCCUAUCCUCGUCCAACUCACUGGAAUGGACCAAGGCCUGAUAUGAGGAAAGGUGUCACACACAGUUGUCCCACCCCAAACCCCAGAGCAUAAUGUGUAUGUCUCAGUCACCGUGACUCCAGCCCAUAUUCUAUUAUAGGAUUCUAUUCAUUCUAUUUGUAAUAAUGAUUUAUUUUAAAAACACUAGUUUGAUUCAUUCACUCCGACGAGACAAAAGCAACUUUUACAAGAAAUUACUUUACUAAUGAUCUAAAUUGUUCAGAAACCAAUUAUUUGUAUCCAUCUAUGUUGAAGUGAAACUUCUUAUAAAACAUAUUUUAAGAAUUGAAGCAUGUUUUUGGGCCUAUAACCACUCCCUAUUCUCCAAAACAGUUUUUCUAUAAUUACAGUAUAUCUACUGUAAGUCUAUGACUGCUUGUGACUAUUCCUCGCUUGCUAAAAGACAUUCUCUAUCUGACCUCUUCAAAGACUUGAUGUGGACUGCUGAACUAUCUGGAGGAACCAGCCACAAUAUAUUAAUUAUUCAAAUCAAAAGAAGGAACCAUACCAUUCUGUUGAUAUCUGAAAUUGGCCAAGCACAAGGACAUCAGAAAUUACAUUUUCACAUUCUUAGAACUGAAUACUGUAAUUUCGACUGUCGGAGGGUCCUCCUUUCCCUCCAAGGCAACAGACAACAUAUGCCAUAAUAUUAGUUAUAUGUUUCCACAUACAGUUGAGACCUAAACCUUGUGAAGCACAAACUCAACCCUGAUUGUAUGGUAGGGCCUGGGAUAGUGACCCUACACAAUGCCCAACACUGAUCUUUCGCAGAUACCCCUCUGUGUUGCUUGCUCUUCUCCAUUCAAAAAGUCCUGCACGGUGUCUGACACAGGAUUUUAUGUUUUGAGCCAUCAUUUCAACGACUAAAACAUGUUACAAAUGUUAUUUGUCCACACACGUUAACUGAUGCGCAUUUAAACUAUACUGUAUGUUGACUUCUGUAAAUACCUUGUACGUUUACAGAUUGUUGUGUCUUAUUUUGUAGUAUUCAUUUUAGGGUUGUCCUAAUGUGCCACUGGUUGUGCGAUAUCUGUAGCUUGUUUUAAACCAAUAAAGCCCUUAGGAGAGCAUUGCUCUGCCAUAAUAUCAGAUAUUCUUUUCAGAGGCCGUUGUUAAAUGAUGGCAUUCGGUUAGAUGUGUAUUGUAAUAGUACCAUAUCAACUUGAGUUUUGGUCAUGACUUGGAAGCGGCUGCAAACUAUCAUGGUGAGAGAAAUCGUGUUCAGACAGCAGUUUUAACCUUACUAAUGAUCCUUUUCUUCCAUUUUGAGAAAACAUAUCAUCAUACUCUUAAUGAACAGGCCGGUUUGAGCUAUUGUCAGAUAAUGUUUAAUUCUGUAGGAUUUUAUAAUAUUAUUUUGUUUGUUUUGUUAAUUUUUUCAGUUUGAAUGCAUGUGAAGUAGCACUGUCUACAACCAUUGAG